AGAGAGCUGGUGCCUCUGUGGACUACUCUCUCUCCUCACGCCCGUGCGCAUUUUCCCUCCUCUACGUUCUGCGCGUGAAUCACGUUUCAGCAACCAGGUCGAAAGUGUUUGGACUGCAUCGCCAUAGGAACAGCGGCCGCCGCUGCUCUCACACAGAGAAGGUCUAAUUACCGGACUUUGUGCUGGUGCAGGCUACACGUGAGUCGGAAGCUGUUCCCUACCGGAGGCGCGCGUGCGCUCUAACCACAGCACCGUCGGCUUUGCGAAGUGGCAGCUCAGGGAACUAUAGACAUCAGUCUGAAUCGCAGCUCCACCGGAGGACACGCACUGUGCAGCAUCUCCCUCAGCCGUCCGACCGCCAGCCGCGGAAUAAAAAAAAACAUUUCCCCAAAGACGCGCAGGAGCGGAUAAGGCAGCAGCAGCCGAGUGAUGGAUGAAAGAAUACCGCAUUUACAGGACAGGCAGUACAUGGAGCACGCAGAUUUCUUGGGGGUGGACUACCCCUCUCUCUACAUGUGCAAGUCCAAAAGAGGAAUAAAGCGAGAGGACGGUGGGAAGCAGGACGCAUACAAGUUACCACACCGGUUGAUAGAGAAGAAGAGGAGAGACAGAAUCAACGAAUGCAUCGGCCAGCUUAAGGAUUUGUUACCCGAACAUCUGAAGCUAUCGACGCUCGGGCAUUUGGAGAAAGCAGUCGUUCUGGAGUUGACGCUGAAACAUUUAAACGCACUGACUGCUGUCACCGAGCAGCAGCAUCAGAAGAUCAUCGCUUUGCAGAAUGGGGACCGGUCGAUGAAAUCCUCCAUUCAUGCAGAUCUGGAUGCUUUCCACUCCGGGUUCCAGGCCUGUGCCAAAGAGGUCCUGCAGUACCUGAGUCAGUUUGAGAACUGGACGACACGGGAGCAGAGGUGCGCGCAGCUCAUCAACCACCUUCACAAGGUGCUGGCGCAGUUCCAGCCCGGCGCGCAGCCACUCCAGCACCAGCUGCCCGCCGGGGACGCACAGGAUGGCCAGAAAGGCGACGGCCAAGCCAACUGCGUCCCGGUCAUCCAGAGGACCCAAGGCGGGGAGCUUAACGAGAACGACACAGACACGGACAGUGGAUACGGGGGCGAGGCUGAAAAGAGCGAUGGCAAAGACAAAGAAUGUGAGCGCAACAAAGCGCAGGGACACAAGGCAGUGAAGAUCAAGCAAGAGUUUGGAGACGAUCGCGCUGCCAAGAAGCCAAAGAUGAACUGGCCUGGGAACGGGCUAGGGGGCACAGACCCCACCAGACCCGAUCUGGCGUUAAUGAACUCUCUGAUGGGAAUAAGCAGUGUGGGACAGCAGACACCUAUUUGCAUGCCUUUCUACUUCAUCAACCCCUCCGCCGCGGCGUCCUAUAUGCCUUUUUUCGAUAAGAGCAACAUUGAAAAGUACAUGUACCCUGCGGCGGCGGCAGCUCUGGCGUCCCCCUUCCCCUGGCUAUACCCGGCACACGCGUCGGCAGCGGCGGCCGCGGCCGCAGCAGCCGCUUUUCCCGGCUUGUCUGCGCACUUUGGAGCCUCUUCCCAGUCCAAGGACUCCCACUGUCCGGACAGCGACGAGUCACACGAAGCUGAGACAGGCUCACCUGAGGAGCGCGAGGAAAGUCCCGCGAGUGACGACGGAGAGGGUGACGUAGCUGAAACGUUGCAGGAGAGCCAGAGCAGCCCACAUGAUCAGUUUCCUGCCUGUCAAACGAGCUAAUUUGUCUGUGUUACCUUUCCGUGCAUUCUGCUGAGGAGUUUAUGUUUUUCUUUUUUUCUUUUUUUUAAUUAGGCGAGUUAUAAAACGAGGUUUCACAGAACAGUUUCUCAUGUACAAUAUCUUGGCGGAAACAGGGGACAGUUGUGACAGCGCGUGCCUUUUGCACUUAUGCUAGUUUAAUCAACCUAAAUGAUUAUCGACAAUGAUUGACAUUAAUACACGGCUGUGUUGUGCUGGAGUUAGUUUUAUAUCCUCUUUGAUAAAACAUUUUGAAAUGGCAGCAUUGGUGCCAAAACUUUGAGUACAGUGCGCAAUGUCCCAAUCAGCGAGUCUCUUUGGAUGUAUGAAGUUAACCGACCUCUGCCAAGGUUGUUAACGGCUUGGCUGACUUUGACUGUAAAUAUUAUUACCUGGAAGACAGUCUGAUUCAUGAACAUGUAAAUGUGCACUAAACGGGCAUAUAAAAGAAGUGGUCCUGGAAGUGUCACGCCCUCAGUACCUCAUCCCCCAACUUUGCAUGGGUAGGCUGAUUGAGAAGAAUUGAAUGGGACACCCCCCCUUCCAACACACACAUCUCCAUCAUUAACAACUAAUACAAAAACAACAAAUAAAAAAAAUCUACUUUAACAAGUACACUUUGAUAAUGUUGAAAUUAUGGGAGAGGUAUUACACCUGAUUGACCUCAACUCAUUUUUACAGAUCUGAGUUUACUCUGGUUUCCUUUACCUGUUUGUUCUUGUGAGGAAAGAAAAAAAAAAACAAUCAGUGAAAUCAUUCAUGAUAAUGGACAGAAGAAGAAGAAACCCUUCAUUCA